AUGGCGACUCGAACGCGGGCUCCUCCAGCUCGAUCUUUCUCUGACAAUAUCGACUUGUCAGAUCGGAGACGCAGGCCUCCUGGCAGCGCGCGGCUGGUUGAUACGCUCUCGCCGUUCCGAAAGUUGCUUCAGUCUCAUUCGCGACGACGCGCCGUUAGUGACACGUCGGGCGAGUUUAACGAGUUGCUUUGGACGGAAAACAGCAAAGGAAAGUCGAUCAGGAAGUUCCACGGUCAGGCCAGAGGCAUUUUGCAUGGCAUUUUUUUCGUGCUGCUGCUUCGUGUUCUGCUGGCGCUUGUGGCCGCUGUGGGAACGGUCGGGAUGGUCACUGUGUUGGUUGUGGUGUUCAAGAAGGAGCCCGUUGUGUCGCUGAUGAGCUAUGUGUUUUCAUAG